CUAUCUUGCCGGUGAGUUCCAGGCUUCUUCUCACCGCUGUCUGUCUGCUCGGUUACUGUACUCUACUGGAGAUGCCAAGAUGGCUGCAAGCAAUUAUUUCGGCUUCACACAUGGUGCCGGUCCGCAAUACAGUACCCAGCCUCCCCCGGCCUACUCCCAUCCCUCUACAGCCAGUUACAGCGUCCAGCAGGCUCCAGCUGUGGCUCAUGCAGUGACUGCAUCCUACUCCCCAGCUCCGGUCCAGGCAGCCCGACCUGUGGUCACCGCCCCUUACCCUACCUAUCAGACCCACCAGGCUCCCCCUGACUAUACCUACCGGCAGCCAGGCACCCCGGCACCCCCGCAGCCCACUACCACCCCACAAACGUACCAAGUAUACUCGGAAACGCAGGACAACUACAGCUACGGGCGUCCUGCAGCCGUGACUACCUAUGACAAUAAACAGUACUACCAGACAAGUAUAGCUCCGGCUCAGAGGACACCCACAGAGAAUUACUACCAGACUGUAGGAGUAAAGAGCGCUUACAGCCCAGCCCCCUCCACCGUGUACAGCCAGCCUCCUCCUCCCCAGAGGCAGGUAACGGCCCUGAAGCCUCUGGCCCCCUCUGUGUCCACCAGCUACAACAUCUACCCAGUGUCCACCAGUGUCCAGCAGCCGCCCACACCCAUCUCAUCCUACACCCUCGGCUCCUCCUUUGGCUCCACUGUUUCCGCCACCACCUACUCAGGCAUUAGCUACCCCAGUUAUGACUCAACUGGCUACACCUCCACAUCCACCCCCUCCUAUUACCAGCCGGCCCAGCAGUCUCUCAACCAGCCGCAGCCUCCACCUCAGCAGCCCCAGCAGCCGCAACAGCCCCAGCCCCCCAUCCAGCCGCCACCUAAGCAACUGACGAGCUCCUCCUGGAGCAACUCGGGCAGCAACAUGGUGACAGCUCCGACUGUAAACACUUACAAAAAGCCCACGUUUCACCAGAGCAAGCUGCAGAAGCCCAAAGGGCCUCCCAAGCAGCCCCAGCUCCAUUACUGUGACAUUUGCAAGAUCAGCUGUGCAGGCCCUCAGACGUACCGGGAGCACCUUGAGGGCCAGAAGCACAAGAAAAAGGAAGCUGCCCUUAAAUCUGGGGGGCAGACGGGGGCCAGCAACGGGCCCAGAGGGGUCCAGACUCAGUUACGCUGUGAGCUAUGUGACGUCUCCUGCACCGGAGUGGAUGCCUACGCUGCCCAUAUCCGUGGGGCCAAACACCAGAAGGUGGUGAAACUUCACACCAAGCUGGGCAAGCCUAUACCUUCCACCGAGCCAGUGUUGGUAAAUUCGGCUCCAGUUAUCACAACCUCGACGGCUGGGAAACUUCCAGUCUCCACAUCCACUUCUGCCUCUGUCUCAACCACUUCAACUCCCACUGUGACGCCCAAACAGGUGUCAGUAAACGCCACGGCUAAAACGGCACCAGUCAAGAAACCAGCUCCUUCCAAAAUAACUGUCAUUUCCAACAAGCAUGUCAGUGCUCCAGCAGCUGCAGUGACAGCGGCGGUGGUGGCUGCCAAGGUGGUGGAGGAGCCCAUGCAGCAGUCAGUUCAGAGAAUGGACCUUCAGAGUGACGAUGAGGACUGUGACAGAGCUGGAGGCCAGGGAGACAUCCAGCCAGUGGGACAUGACUACGUAGAGGAGGUCCGUAACGAUGACGGCAAAGUGAUUCGAUUCCACUGUAAACUGUGUGAGUGCAGCUUUAACGACCCCAAUGCUAAAGACAUGCACCUGAAAGGAAGAAGGCACAGACUCCAGUACAAGAAGAAAGUGAAUCCGGAGCUUCCUGUGGAGAUCAAGCCCAGUAACCGGGCCAGGAAGCUGCAGGAGAGCAAGCUGAAGAAGCAGAAGCAGAAGGCGGUGCUGAAGAGACAGAGAGACGAUGAGCAACGCUGGCACAUGGAGAUGAGGUCAGACUCGUGGCCAAAGCGAUAUGAGGAGGACAUGUACUGGAGGAGGAUGGAGGAGGAGCAGAUGUACUGGGGGGAGCAGAGACGCAGGAUGGCUCCUCCACCGUUGAUGAGCCGCCCUGGUAUGCCGGUACCCCCUCUACUGACGUGUGUGCGUCGGCCAGACUCUCCUGAUGACCGUCACAUCAUGGCUAAACACUCGACCAUUUACCCAGUAGAGGAAGAGCUGCAGGCUGUUCAGAGGAUCGUCUCCCACUCUGAGAGAGCCCUAAAACUAGUGUCAGACUCCCUGCUGGAGAAGGAGACACCAGCUGUUGAAACCGCUGCUACUGAAGGAGGAGAUGAUAAAGGUACUGAGAACUCAGGACGGCUGCUAAAAGGCGUGAUGAGGGUGGGUAUCCUGGCCAAAGGCCUGCUACUUCGUGGGGACAGAAAUGUUGAGCUCAUCCUGCUGACUGCUAAGAAACCCACCAUCUCUUUACUGAAGAACAUCGCCAAGCAUUUGCCCAAAGAACUGGAGACAUUUUCUGAAGAUCAGUAUGAGGUGCAGGCUCACCCCGAGGAGGCGAACAUCGUGAUAUUUUCAAGCAAGGAGCCCAAAAUGCAGGUGACCAUUUCUCUCACCUCGCCGCUGAUGAGGGAGGACCCUGCUUCUGAGAAGGACAAGCAGGCAGCAGGAAAAGCGGCUGAGAAAGGUGUAGCUGAAAAGGAACCGACUGAUCUUCUGAAUAAGAGGAAAUGUCUGGAAUACCUGGCUUCUCUCCGUCACGCCAAAUGGUUUCAGGCUCGUGCCAACGGGCUGCAGUCCUGUGUGAUCAUCAUUCGGGUGCUCAGAGAUUUAUGUCAGCGGGUUCCCACCUGGGGGAAGAUGCCCGGCUGGGCGAUGGAGCUGCUGGUGGAGAAAGUGAUCAGCAGUGCUGCAGGCCCGCUCAGCCCAGGAGAGGCCAUGCGCCGAGUCCUUGAGUGCAUCUCCACUGGCAUCCUGCUACCAGAUGGACCAGGGUUGAUGGACCCAUGUGAGAAAGACACAACAGAUGCUUUGGAAAGCAUGAUGCUUCAAGCCAGAGAGGACAUAACUGCCAGCGCACAGCAUGCUCUGCGGCUGCUUGCUUUCCGUCAGAUCCACAAGGUUCUGGGCAUGGAGUCUCUGCCGGCGUCCAAGGCCAGCGCUCGCAACCGCAAGCGUCGACGGGACGGCAGCGAAACGGGCGAAGGGGAGGGGGAGGGCAAAAAAGACAAGAAGGAAGAAGCAGAGAGCGCUUGACCUCUGCCUCCAGAGCGGAGGCGUUUGCUAGUUUAGAGACUGGUAGAAUGUCACAACUUUCAAAUUUUUCUUAUCUUGAAAACAAUCUUAACACGCAGCUAUACACAUAUGAAUAUAACUGACUGUACAUGUUACAUGUCUACCCUUGAAUUAUGAGGAGUGAUGUGUUGGGAGGAGACUGAAGCUUGAGACUGCAAAUCCUUCUCUCGUAUAGUGAUUCCCCCGCAGAUUUAGUGUCUUUUUAAAGUGGGCAGAGAAAAUUGACUCAAUAAAAAUCAUGAAAAUGACUGAUAGCAUCAUUCCAGUUCAGUAUAAUUGCACACUAACUACUGACCAUCCCUCCCCCUGUUUAUUUACACUAGUUAAACCGCCACCGUCAACUACAGUUGUGUUGUUUUCUAUGACGUUAAAGCCUCCAGUUAAAUCAUCAGCACCUUAAGCUUUAUUUCCAGCGGAGUUUGAACUCUACUGCUGAACUGAUGAUGGUGUUAAACAAAAAAAAAAAGAUGGGGAUUUAAGUUUAGAAGUUUCGAAACUGUGAGAAAGAUUACGGAAGACUGACAGGAUCUACAGCACGUAGAUACAGUACUGUGAUGUUCAUUGUGCCUAAGAUGACACAUUAAUAAUAGAAUAGUAACGUAGUGUUUCAACAUUUCCUCCUCAUAUAUUAUGAAAACUUGAGAAAGAAAAGUUGUAUCACACCUUAAAAACAAGGUUACACUAAAAUAACUUCCCCUUGAAAAUACGUCAUUAAGGUUUAGCGAGAAAAGACACAGAAGCUCUGCUAUGUGUGGUUUUUCUGUAGAGGUCACACUGGAGACUGAAUCUGUCUGAGGAAAGAGAGAAGUCUUAUGUUGCACAGUCUGUAGCAUGCUGAGGGAAUGAAGCACUUAAAGAAAUGAAAAUGUUACUGUAUGCAGCCAUAAUUUUAUCAUUUGAAUAAUAUGCCUAGUAAUCUUUUUUCUUCCAGAAAUAUGGUUAGCAGAAGAGAGACGCUUUAAUCCGAGAAAUAAGACUGAAUACCUACUGUAAUGAUCAAGUAGUCCUUUGACUUUCUUCCUUUGUGCCUGCAUCAUGUUGUGUGUUACAGAGAAAGGGGAACAUUUGAGUUACGUCAGGUUAAUAUUGUAAUGAUAUAAUUUCACAAAGAUGUAGGACGGGGGAAGGGACAGUUGCACAACUCUUUGGCUUAAAAGAUGGACUUGAGAAAUUAUUAUUGUGCCGUUUUUAGUUUGAUUUUCAUUUAUCAAGAGCAUCAUAUAUAAGUAGGCUUUAUUUCUGAAGGAAGUCUAUUUUGUAUUGUUUAAAAGUGUGAACGUCUGUCCUUUAUUAUUUGAAUGUCUUUGUAGUGCUGCCUAAAAAUUAAGGGGAGAUAUUAAAACACUUUUAAGCCA